AUGCUGCCGCCCCCUCCGACAAACCUAUUCACUGGUGGCAGUUCUUCGAAAAAGUUCUCCGUUAGUCCAACCAAGCCAAGACAAGGCCACCUGUGUCAUUUGUGGGAAUCUUCGGAUGAGCUCCGGCUGUCCAGGCUAUAGCCACAUCUCUCUCGGUCUCGUCGGUUUCUUCGUCGAGCGCAACGUCAAGACUUCUCUGGAAGAGCUUGUUCAACAUUAGCUCAAUCUAUACGACAGCGACUUCCGAUGCUACCCGCCUUUCCCCUUCACCGCCUCGAUUAUGCUGCGCCGACGAGACGUGUUCCGCAACCUCGCUUUUCGGAUUCCCAAACAGGAGGUGGCUCGAAUCGCAGGAAUACUGCUCGGAAUCGACCAGGAUAUGUGGUAA